GCCCAUCUGCUUUUCCUCCCAUAAACAAGGUGACAUACUGUAGAGUGCUGCCAGAGAACCUCCUCGACUGCUGCUGCUGGACCCACAGCCUUUCUCCCAGCCUCCUCACCAGACGGUCUGUGACCUCCAGAUCAACAUCUAUCCAUCCAUCCACCCCACUGGAGCAGCGCGGCUCCUCCAGACCCCUGGGCACCGGGACCACUCCUCUCACCUCCCUCCGUCACCACUCUCUAUCCUCUGCACCACCCCUCUGUCCGCCUGUCCUAGAGUACGCUCUCGCCCCUCACUGCCUAGCGCCCAACCCCACAGAGCCCACCCCAAGCCCCAGCCAGCCCCAGCAUGGAUAAGGUGCAGCACACGAUGCGCUCGGCCAUCCGCAGAGCCUCCAUGGCGGUGGACGUGCCUCCCCAGGCCAGGCAGAACAUGCAGGAGCUCUUUGUCAACUUCAGCCUCAUCCUCAUCUGCCUGCUGCUCAUCUACAUCAUCGUGUUGUUGAUGUGAGGGCCGAGGGGCCGGGAGGGGCCAGGCGCCACACUACAGCCCAACAGGGCCAUGCACUCUUCAAGAGGGCCAGACAAUGAAAGGGGAGAGGAGGGGGAGGGGAUUGGGUGGCAAACAUGGAGAUGAUCUUAAUAUUUUGUUAAAUGGUUUUGAAUUUGCAGGAAUUAGCGUAGGAUAAGAUCAGCUAUACUGUUUUGUAGAGUCUAAUAAUUCUGCAUGAUUUAUUUUAAUGACAUAUACAAUCAGACACUAUAAUACUAUAAAGUUGCAGUGUGAGAGUUGCAAUAGAAGAUUGUUGUUCCCAGAUUCAGUAUACACUCCCCUACAUAUCUAUUUGCACAGUGAAGCUAAAGUUUCAGAGGCAUAAAUAUCAUACCCCACCAAACGAUAUGCUAAUGAGAGGUUAGCCUGUUUUGGGGGCAUGAUCAUUGUGCAAUCAUCAUUAUUCACGGUUCAUUCAGGAUUAUCCGUAACCAUGGUAGUGUCCACGUGAAUGCAGAAGUGUUCAGAAACAUAUUCUAUUGUGAUUUACGAUACAAGGGACUCCAAAAUGACACGGUAAAUGAUUUACCGAUCACUGAUCACACCAUCAUCCGAAAACACUACUAAAACAAACUGCAAAUGCAUCCGACACGUUUGUAGAGUCACAAGCUUGAUGUGAUCAUUAGGUGCUAGGAAUAUGGGACCAAAUACUUUGUACUAAAUUGAAUACACUAUUGUAAGAGUAGACGAGUUAACCCCGUGUACUUGCUAUGUUCCCAAUCUGGCCCUUAUACAGUACCGUCAGUGCCCUAAUCAUCCCCAGUUUACAAUUGGCUCCUUCAUCCACCCCCCCUCCUCUCCCCUGUAACUAUUCCCCAGGUCGUUGCUGUAAAUGAGCAUGUGUUCUCAGUCGGCUUACCUGGUAAAAUAAGGGUUAAAAUACUUAUGACACCUUCAAAUGCGGGGGACUAGAUACCUAAAGUGCGUUCCUUUCUAAACGGUAAACAGAUAUGUAUGAAAACACCCUCAAACGAAAAGGUGACAUUCUGUACUGUCGCCUGAUAAAACGUUUGACCUCAAAUCCAAAAUGCUGGAGUGUAGAGCCAAAUGAAACCUUUUAGCCUCACUGUCCAAACAAAUGCGUAGGGGAGUGUACGUCAAAGUUGUGUGCACACACGUCACCCUCCUGUAGAUCUGUCAUCCCUCACAGUGACUCUUAACCUACCUUCUGCCACCUGGUUAUACUGACACACUACAGUGCACUGCUGAAAUAAACGUACUGACAAUGUUAA